GGUUUCCUACCCGGACUUAAACGUAGUAGAACCUGUUUCCCUUUUUCGCUUUCUGUGCUGGGAAAGUCUCUCCUCGCGGUUGCUGCUGCUUCCUUCCUGCCGCCAUUUUAGUUGAUCUCUCUCUCGCUCUUUCUUUCUGCGGCCUCCUCGCUUUCCCGCUACCAUCAUGUCCAAGCGCCACCGCCUCGACCUCGGGGACGAUUAUGGUUCCAACAAGAGGCGCGUCAACUCCGAUGGGAAGGAUCGAGAUCGUGAACGGGAUCGUGAUGACCGGUCCAAAGACCGUGACAGGGAUCGAGAUCGAGAUCGUGACAGGGAAAGAGAAAAGGAAAAGGAUUUACGCCCAUCAACCAAUUCUGCACUCAUUGCUGGUGUUGGGUUACCACCUUUAAAGCCGGCUGUACUUCCGCAGGGUAUUAAUCCAUUUACAAACCUACCACAUACACCUCGUUAUUAUGAGAUCUUAAAGAAACGGCUUCAGCUCCCUGUCUGGGAAUAUAAGGAAAGAUUUACUGAUAUUCUGAUCAGACACCAGUCUUUUGUACUUGUUGGUGAGACGGGUUCUGGUAAAACAACACAGAUCCCUCAGUGGUGUGUUGACUAUAUGCGGUCACUGCCAGGCCCAAAGAGAGGUGUUGCAUGUACCCAGCCCAGAAGAGUUGCUGCAAUGAGUGUGGCACAGCGAGUUGCUGAUGAAAUGGAUGUGAUGCUAGGACAAGAAGUUGGUUACUCUAUUCGAUUUGAAGACUGCAGUAGUGCAAAAACUAUUCUGAAGUACAUGACUGAUGGUAUGUUACUACGUGAAGCUAUGAAUGACCCUUUGCUGGAACGUUAUGGAGUAAUAAUUCUUGACGAAGCCCAUGAAAGAACACUGGCUACUGAUAUUUUGAUGGGAGUUCUAAAAGAGGUUGUAAGGCAAAGAUCUGAUUUAAAGGUUAUAGUUAUGAGUGCCACUCUUGAUGCUGGCAAGUUUCAAAUUUAUUUUGACAACUGUCCUCUCCUCACUAUUCCUGGCCGUACACAUCCUGUGGAGAUCUUUUAUACUCCAGAACCGGAAAGGGAUUACCUUGAGGCAGCUAUUCGUACAGUAAUCCAGAUUCAUAUGUGCGAAGAGGAGGAAGGAGAUCUUCUACUUUUUCUCACUGGGCAAGAGGAAAUAGAUGAAGCCUGUAAGAGGAUAAAGCGUGAAAUCGAUGAUCUAGGCCCUGAAGUUGGUGACAUUAAAAUCAUUCCAUUAUAUUCUACACUUCCGCCACAGCAGCAGCAGAGAAUUUUUGAGCCUCCCCCUCCAAAAAAACCAAAUGGUGCAAUAGGACGAAAGGUAGUUGUAUCGACUAAUAUUGCUGAGACAUCUUUGACAAUAGAUGGCGUUGUAUUUGUCAUUGAUCCUGGAUUUGCCAAGCAAAAGGUAUACAAUCCUCGUAUAAGAGUGGAAUCUCUCUUGGUGACUGCAAUAAGUAAAGCUUCUGCUCAGCAGAGAGCAGGCCGUGCUGGUCGUACUAGACCAGGCAAGUGUUUCCGACUGUAUACGGAGAAGGCUUACAAAACUGAGAUGCAGGACAACACCUAUCCUGAAAUUCUGAGGUCGAACUUGGGUUCUGUGGUAUUACAGCUGAAGAAACUAGGCAUAGAUGAUUUGGUUCACUUUGAUUUUAUGGACCCACCAGCUCCAGAAACCUUGAUGAGAGCCCUUGAGCUUUUGAAUUACCUAGCUGCUUUAAAUGAUGAUGGAGACUUGACAGAAUUGGGAUCCAUGAUGGCAGAAUUUCCUCUCGAUCCACAGCUGGCUAAAAUGGUUAUAGCAAGUUGCGACUACAACUGUUCUAAUGAGAUUCUAUCUAUUACUGCCAUGCUGUCAGUCCCACAGUGUUUUGUUCGCCCCACGGAAGCCAAGAAAGCAGCAGAUGAGGCCAAGAUGAGGUUCGCCCACAUAGAUGGAGAUCAUUUGACGUUGCUGAAUGUCUACCAUGCUUUCAAACAAAAUCAUGAAUCGGUUCAGUGGUGUUAUGACAACUUCAUUAACUACAGGUCCCUGAUGUCUGCAGACAAUGUACGCCAACAGCUGUCACGAAUCAUGGACAGAUUUAAUUUGCCACGUAGAAGCACAGACUUCACAAGCAGGGACUAUUACAUCAAUAUUAGAAAGGCUUUGGUUACUGGUUACUUCAUGCAGGUGGCACAUUUGGAACGGACAGGACACUAUCUAACGGUGAAAGACAACCAGGUAGUGCAGUUGCAUCCUUCCACAGUUCUUGAUCACAAGCCAGAAUGGGUGCUUUACAAUGAAUUUGUUCUUACCACAAAGAACUACAUCCGCACUUGUACAGACAUCAAGCCAGAAUGGUUGGUGAAAAUUGCCCCUCAAUAUUAUGACAUGAGCAAUUUCCCACAGUGUGAAGCAAAGAGACAGUUGGACCGCAUCAUUGCUAAACUUCAAUCCAAGGAAUACUCACAGUACUGAAUUUAUUAUUUGAAUUGAAGUUGCUCAAGAGGACAGCUUUAAACAAAGAAUGAACUCUUAAGUUCCAAGUUGUGCUCUUUGCUUUGGUUCAAUAAUGGCCUUUUUUGAAAGCUUUUUAAUUUUUCUUUACAGUAAAUAUUCCAUUCUGAUUUCAUAAAUUAAACAUGUAUGCCUCCCUUUUGUGUUCACACUGUAGCUCAUACUGGAAAGCUGAUCAAUGUUUUGCAGUUUAUUGAAAGUAGUUCUAUAUAUAUAAAUAUAUAACAAUGUUAUAAGCAUUUCUUUAGAAAUGGUUGAAAAUGCUUCUAAAAUGUGAUUAUCGACCAUGGCAUGCAUGAUCGUUGUAAUUGUUGACAUUCCUUUUAGAAGUUGUGAAAUGUUACAACGUGCUUAUGUAGACACAAUCUUCAGCUUCAGUACAGAAGUACUGACUUCAAUAAAGUCUAUUUAUACUAAC